CUCAGUUCAUCUUCACUUCUUACUACAAAUAAAAUCAUUAAAAGUUAAUUUAAUAUCUGAUUAUGAGUCUCUGAUUUCUCUGUGACUCGUCCUGCAGGAUCCAGCCGCUGUCAGACGCUCUGGGAGAUCUCUACAGCGAGUUCAACACCCUGAAGGAGCGUCUCUCUGAGCUCACCUCAAAGUUUGACCGGGUGGAGUCGUUCGUGGACGAGGUGAGAUCAGGGAGGAAGCCUGCAGCACCCAGAGGUGAACCCAGACCCCCGGGGUCUCUGUCAGGAAAGACGGAGGCCGCUGGGACUGAUGAAGGUCAGCCUCAGAGGAGGAGGAGGACCAGGGUGGUGGUCCGGAGAGUCAAGAUACCUUUAGGUUCGCAGGUCUAAGGAGAGAAGGGGGUCAAUCACAGGAUCGUGGACCUUUAAGGUGUGGAGUUAAGGAAUAAAUACUUCUUUAAAAGACCUCAAACUCUGAGGAUGAAGUCUUUCUUCUACAGGGUUUUAUUCACCAUCACCUUUAUGGUUUUAGGGACCAAUCGUGAACAGACAAGUACAAACAUUUUUCUCAAAGUAAGUUAAUAAUAUUGGAGCUCUGAUGUUGAGAAAUUCUUCUUUUCUGUGAGGGAAACAAAAGUGAAGAAAAGGUGUUAAAUUGAUGAAACUGAUGAAUUGACAUACUGUAAAAGUUUUUCUGAACUUUUAGGAGGAAACGAAAAAAUUUGACACUUUAGUUUUCUUUAAUUUGGAUUGUCUUUCCAUCCUAAACUUUCAAGCAAACAAAGGACUUUUUUUUUCUUCUAGAAACUGGUUUAACCCUCCUCCUGUGUUAGAGUCUGCACCGACCUGUUUUAGAUCUUAAAUGCUUAAAAGAACCACUUUUAGAGGAAAAACUGAACUCAUAAGUGCACUGACAGUUAGAUCCUCUUCCAAUCAUGUGAGAUUUAGGAAAUUCUCAUUCUUCCAUGUUUUUCCUGCACAAAAAACAUGGAAGAUGUCUGUGUGAGGGGUAAACUGACAAAGAAAGGCCCAGAGGACCACAACAAGAAAUAUUAUAAUCAAUAUUUUCAUGGAUAAUGAAACUGAACAAGGUAACCUAGAGAUGAGAACCAAACUGGAUGAUAGAGAAAUGUUUUUAAUUUACAGCUGAUUUAAGACUCGGGUCAGAACUGACUCUUAACAUAGUGGGUAUAAAGUAAAAGCGAACACAGGAGGAAAGUUAAAUGUCAUUUAUGACCCUCUUCUUCACUCUGCAAUACCCUACUGUACCACUAGAGGCUCCACUGCACCACAAACAUAUUGAUCUUUAAUGAGUCUGUAGACUUAAAAAUCUGUGGGAUGAAUCAGCAUUUUACAAAAACAAACAGUUUUCAGUCAGACUUCAGUAAUCAUCAUUAAUCACAUUAUCAUUGUAUCGUAUCAGAAUUAUUGACUGUAGAGGUAGGAAGGAUUUUCCAUGUCUGAGAUGUUUUUGUAUGUUUCUUUCAAAUAAAACUCUAUUAUUUAAUUUUGACAACUCAUUUUUUUCACUGAGAGUACUAGUGUUAAUAUCAGUAAUGCAAUAACAAACAAGUAUAGCAAUAGAAAAUUUAUAUGUGGGUUACCUAAGAGUCAUAAUCAUAUCAGUUUUAACAAUGAAAGUAAACGCACUGAUGGUACAGAUAAUUUUGGGUUGCAUUUUUCUGUAAAUGAAGUUUCAGUUUGUAAGUUAAUGUGUGUCAGUUGAACUCAGACUGUAGAAAAUAUCCCCGGAUUUACAGUGAACUGACAGAGUUUUCGUACGAGGAAAAACAUUAAAAUGCUGAAUUACCCGAAUCCUGAAUUAAUUAGAUAGUCACUGUUUAUGUUUCCUGUCUGUCGACGUUGAAUAUGAAAGUUCCGAUCAUCACCUGAACGCAUCAUAAGUUUCUUCUUUGGUGAAUUUGAGACAGAAAUGAAACUGAAACGUUUAACUGACAGCCAGGGACUGUCCGCAAACUUGAUACUAAACAAAGAACAACAUCAUUUAAAUACGCUGUAGCAGAUAAUCUAACAUAUACACAAUCAAUCAGAGGUUAAUUACCUAAUAUUUUAUUGAUUUAAACUGUUAGCUCGUUUAGUUAAUUUAUCGUUGAAAGAACCGAGCCUCCGGGAUGAUUAUGGAAAUUUCUCGACGGUCCCUUAAAUCUUCCUGAAGGAGCUCCAUCAGCUGAUCAAAUGAUCGUUUCGGGUAAAUGUACCUGACUGUCUGUUGGUGUCUGACACAUUUGAUCAUGACCUGAGCUGUUAUUCUCACCUGUAAAGACAGGUAAGUUAACGAAAUCCACUUUUUAAGGUUUAAAUGUCGGUUUGUUUUAGUUUUUGGUCACACGUUUAAGAUUUUAGACCAAGUGCUAGAGGUGAAAAGUAAGUAUUUGGUUACUUUUACUAACGCUAUUGUUAAGUGAAGAGUUUUUGUACUUCUAUCUAUCUUACUAUCUUUAAAAUCGUUCUUAACUCUUUAAUUUGCACCGUUUGACAAAGUUACAGAGUCCAAUAACCCUAAAAAACAAGUUUUCAUCCUGACAGCUUUAAAAGCUGAACAACACUUUAAUCUAACCAAGUGACUUUUCCUCGUAGUUAACCACAUGAACUAUUUACUCUUAAUUAAAGCUUCAUUAACCUGACAGCUACAAACAUAAACUUUAUUUUAAGAUAUGUCAAAUAAGAAUAUUCCUGUCAUGUCUGUUGAAAUACGUAUAAAAUCUAGUUUUAAGUUAUAAUAAUCAUAAAAACGGGGCUAUUUUGACUCCUUAUGAUCAUUUAACAGUCCUGUGACAGUGCUGUGAUUGAAUCUCAGUGACAAGUAACUACUUUUUCAUGUAUUUGUAUUUCUAUCAGCUGUGACCAGAGAAACAUCUUUGCAUCCUGGCUCAAGACCCUUCUUUUUAGCUUAGCUUUUAACUGAUAUUUAGUUGUUUUAUCUUCAUUUGUUCUAGUUAGCCUAGGUUUAUUUUAGGUCUGUGUUUCAUAUUUUAGUUUUUACUUGUUUUUAACCUUUUAUCAUUUUUAGGACCCCCCAGUGUUUCCUCUGAGGGAGCCCUCGGCACCGGGAGCGGUGGUCGCUUGUGGUUGCAGGGGCCGGUCACAGGGUUCCUGUCUGACACAUCCCUCCUCUGUCCCUGUGUCGGUGUCCUGUGGCUGCAGGCGGCUCUCUGCUCCUGGUGCUGACGGCUCCUCUGAUGGCGCUUUCUCAACUGGUUCAUCUGAACUCAGCCUCAUGUCCAUUAUCUUAGUGUGUGCAUUAGGGCCCGACCGAUUUAUCGGCGAGCCGAUUAGCAGCCACCUGCUAUUAGCCUCGCUACACUGUUAGCCGUGCCAGUAACGGUAGAAUAAACAUCAGUACAUAUUACGUGAUCGAGCUACUUCUCUCACUGAGGCAGCCGCAUGUCUCCAGAUGAGACCGGACCGGAAAUGUGUAAUGUGAGUUAAGACGUGGAAGCACCGAUCGGCCAAUUAAUCGGUAACCGCAUUCCCUCCCCCUAGUAAUCGGUAUCGGCACUUCGGCCCCCCAAAAAAUCCAUAUGGUGGGGCCCUAGUGUGUAUGUGCGGUGCGUUGGCGUGUGUGUGGGUGGGGGGUAAUGGGGCAGCUGGGAUAGUUUUUUGUUUUUAAUUUGACUGUAAAGCACUUUGAGUCACAUUCCUGUAGGGAAAGCUUUAUAAAUAAAGUUUGAUUGAUUGAUUGAUAGUUCCCCAAACAUGCAAAUAUAGGCAAUAUUACAAUCCAUAAUUAACCACAAACUGUAACAAAAACAAGCACAAGAAUGAAACCACAGCACUGAGUUCUUAACCCAAAUCUGUCAGUUUAAUCAUAAAUUCACCAGAUAAUUACAGUAAAGUAAGUCUGUCAGAGAUUUAAAAACUAUUAAACUGUGAUUUUUACUUUCAGAGACACACGACACACGAACAGGUUCUCCUUUGAGUGAGAGCAGCUCCAGAUGGAUGAGGGAGCAGAAAACCUCUCCAGAACUCCUGGAUCUGGAUCCCAAAAAGUGGAGGAUGUAGCGACCAAAAUAGCGAAGAAAAAAAAUAAAAAGGUAAAAACACCGUGAUAAAAACACUGCUGUGAAAUAACGUCAAACAAGGUCUGUGGUCUUCAGUGGAAGUUUGUGUUUUCAGGAACAAGGACAGAGUCCAAGCAGGAAAGUCCAAGAAGACAAGGAGAAAAGGAGGUGGAGACGUCAGAGAGGGAGGAAGAGAGAUACCUCUGUGAAAGGAGGAGCAGAUGGAGGCAGAGAGAAGGUGGAGGUGAUGGAGACAAGCAGCCAAACUGAGGAGAGCGCAUUUACAGAAACACAACCUGUGGAUCAAGGAGCGGACGACAACCAGAAAACUGUGGGAAUGACCGAAGAGAAAGGACGCAGAGACCCUCCGAUGGUCCAGGCUCAGACUCAGACAGAGAAACAUGAAGGAACCACCAGAAGCACUCAAACUCCAGCUGUUCUUCAGAGCCAUCAGGAAACACAGACGGACCUCGAAAAAGAUGAUAAGACUGGACCAAACGUUAAUGAAGCCGAGCCGGCACCAGACAAACACACACCUGAACCCGAACAGAAAACUCCACACGAUCACAAACCCUCAUCAGAGACCGAGUCUAAAGAGGAUCAACCUCCUGCAGGAUCCUCAGCGCCUCCUUCAACCACUCAAACUGGAAGCGAUGAGAAACCGCAGUCUUAUGCUUCAGCUGUUUCUGGACAGAACCGGGCUGGUGUGGAAACCCGAAGAGCUGCAGAAAAAUCUACAGAAACAUCCCAAAACACACGGUAGGUUAAAGAUUAAAAACAAGCCAAGUUAAAGGAUUUUAAAGAUGUGAACGAUUCAGAAAAAAAAAAGUUGGAGAAAGAAUCAAAAUAUGUAGAAAAGUGAUAUUUUCAACUCUCCCCACAGGGAUCGAAGUCCAGUCAGACCUCCACCUGAUGUUCCCAUGUUCACCUUCUACAUCUACGCCAUACUGGACAAAAAAUUCAGAUUCAACACAGAGCAUGACCAGCUCGUUCUUUAUGCUGACGGAGGAUAUUCUCUUCUGAAAAUGACUCGGUUUUUGUGAGUAUGAAUACUGAUUAUAUAUACUGUAAUUCACAGAUGGAGGAUUUAAACCUGUUACAGCUCAUGUCUGAGUCUGAUCAGGAGCUGAAUGCUCAUGCACUUUGGCAUUUCCGUGUGGCCACUUUGAGUAAUGGCAGAAUACACAGUUUAAAGCUAUUAAGGCUUACUAAGAUUGUAUAAAUCUAGACUCUGAGUGCAUCUAAAGGAGCAGACCUCUGACAUGAUAAGUGUAGGUUCAGUCAUUUUAAAGCACGUCCAUGAUUGUCUGUUCAGGGGACUCAAACAAGAAGGUUAUCUGGUGGAGGCGAGUCUCUCCGUUGAAGAGCGAAGGUUACGAAGAGGGAGCUGGUUGACUUACUUGUACGGUGUGAAGCAGCGGCACAAAGAGAUUUCAGGAACUGCAACCAGACACAUUCAAAUCCCGUACAACUUAAACAUUAAAGGUAAGACAAGUGAAGCGUUUACUAACAUCACUGCUGCAGGUUUGUCUCUGUCUCACACAGAGUGUCUCUGUGUCUCAGAGCUGCACCUGUACGAAGGCUUCAUCAGCCGCCAGGAGCAGAGUCUGUUUCAGACCGGUCUGCAGAUGGUCGGCUUGAAGAAAUUAAAAGGUGUGGAGAUAUCAGACGCCUGGCAGAACUCAGCCAGAGAGCUGUUGAGCAGAAUCUUCCAAAAGUGGACCCCAGCAGACAAACAGAGCACUGACAGCUUGUGUGAAAAGUUAGGACAUUUCAUGUGGAGUCUGGGCACUGCACAUGAGAGGAUGGCAUUCCCAGAUAACUCACGACCUCCUGUCGUCAAGGUCGGUGCAAAAACAACCAUCAAGUCAUUUUUAUGAUUAAUUUACUGACUUUAUUUGUCACUAAAUGAACUUGUCAUUUAAAGACUCCGGAGCUGGUCUCAGAGACUCUGGUUCAGAUCCUGAAAGCAGACCCAGAUGAGAAAGUUCCAGGCGGUUGGAGGAACAGCAAUCCUCUGGUUCUGGGACUUUCUGUGUUCAUGGUGACCAGACAUUGUAAGGUCAACCUCGGGGUGAAAGGCUGGGGGGAUCUGUGUCAGCUGGUGAGCUCAGAGACCGCGAUGGAGAAGAAAAACCUGGACGGGUUGAUCAGUUCGCUCCAGAACGCACAGUAGUAAGUUUGUUUUUCUGAAGGGGGCGGAGUUUACUCUGGUUUUUGUGCUGCAUAGAGUUAGUUCAGGCAGGCCGUGAGUGGUCCUAACUCCAGUCCAUACCAGCUAACAGCGCAACACUCAACCCGCCUCCACCCCAGCUCCUCCUCUUGAUGCUAAAUCUGGAUCGUCUGUUUCCUAAACCUUCACAGAGGUUCUGAUCUCUGACACUGACUCCUCUCUCUCUCUUUCAGCAUCGUCCUGGGUCUGGCGAACCUCUGUGCCCAGCAGACGGUGUCCGAGCUCAUCCUGCUCAUCCCUCUGCUCUUCAGGCUCAGACAGCCGGGGGCCAACGCGGCAAAAGUGGGUCCAACUGUGGAGGAGGAGAACUGGUCAGGACUUGAAAAUGUCGACUUCAGCAGGUUCAGGGAGAAUGUGAAGUCCUACCCUGACAAAAAGAAGUGAGUCCACGUCAGAGCAGCUACACCCAGGUUUUUCUAAAGCGUGGAUCGUGUCAUGAUGAAGUGUAAUCCUGCUUUUCUCACAGGAGGAUGCUGACUUUGAUUCAGACUCAGUUACCUCUGGUUAAAGAGACGCCUUUGCUGCAGCUCAGCUGGUCUUCUCUCCUCGCAUUCGAGGAUCUUCCUGAAUUUUCAGACCUGGCAGGAGUCCCUGUGGAGCACCUGAUCCAGAGUCUGAUGUACAGACUCAGGAAAAGCGGAGAGGAGAAAGACAACAGCAGAACACAAGAGACGGUGAAGGUGGGAUAACCUGCGUAUAAUAAUAUUGAACAGGAUUAAUCCUCAUCUGAGCUUUUUUAAUCCUGUUUGUAUUUUUGACUUUUACAGAAAACUUUGACGUUCAUCCUGCCGAAGAUCGACCAAGAGAAGGAGAGGUAAAGAGAGGAACAUCUCUGAUACUCUGAGUGUUUUUUGCUGUUUCUGAUUUUUACUUUGUCAAAACAGACUGGGCCAGUCCGGACGGAUACAACCGGCUUUCCUGAGCAGCGUCGGUGUGGCGAAGAACACCUGCAGAGCUGUGCGGCUCGUCUCUGGAUACCAGACUGUGAUUCUGUCCUACCAGCUGCUGCUGAAGUUAGCAAAGAGUUUAGAGGCUAAACUGAAGGACGAGGUGAUAAUCCUUUUAUUUUGCAGCAUUGAAGUGAACACAGUGUUAGUUCAGUCAGCUCAGCAUCCAAUCCAUGUCAAAUUAGCAGCACCUUUAAAACUGCGUUAGCCUUCCUGCUUCCUCUGAAAACUGCUUUGCAGUAUUAUGUCUGCUCUUCAGCACUCUGGUGGUCUUUGCUGCUGCUCUCCCCGCCUUGGUUCUUCAUGCAUACACAUGCAGAAGCGCUGAGAUGAUUACCAACUGUUUCCCUUCUGUACUUUUCAGUCCUCAGAAGACGAGUUUGAGACCGUGAAGCAGAAACUCCAGGAUGAGCUCUGUGCCGUGCAGCUGAGAAUCAACCAGUGGAGAGACGAACUUCUGCAAAAACCUCUUGUGACUCCGUCCAAAACACUCAGCUACCUAAAAGAAAUCGAAGUUAGUGCUCUGAGAAUAUCUGCACGUCAAGCUCGGUCAUUUCUCAGUUGGAUUUGGUUUUUAUUGAAUUUUUACUAAGUUGUUUUGCAGAAAUGAAAGAAGCACAAGAAGUCAAAUCUAUUUCCUGUAACUCUGCUGUGAAACUUCAUCUUAAGUCCUCUUUUAAACUCACAGAUGUGGGAUGCUCUCCUGAAAGUAGCAAGCUCUUCUGAAGAAGGUCCAUCCAGUUGGACUCUGAGCCUGAAAAAAGACCUGAAGAAGAGGAUCUCCAAAGUCAGUGCAGGUUUUUCUGGGUCUUUUCAGAUCAGAGGAACAUUGAAACGGGAGUCUUGAACGUGUUUCUGCUUCUUCUGCAGGUUAGUGAGGAGGACCGAGUUCUGCUCUGCUGUCUGGAGUCGACUUUAGAAUCUAUCAGGAAGAGCCAUGACGCUGUGCAGAGCUGUUUCAGUGAGCUGUGUCAGUCUGCAAUCAAGACAGUCUGCCAGGUACAGAGCAGAGAGCGAGGGGGUGGAGCUUGUUUGGGCUGGACGCUCUACCUCCCCUCAAUACUUGGACAGUUUUCGUCCUAGAUCCUUGAGUUUGAGUUUAAUGUGUUUUUAUGUUUUAGAGAGAACAGGAGGGAGACCUGCUUCGGUUCCUCGGGUCUAAGGUGAAGGAUCUCCCUGAGGUCGUCAUGUCUGCUGUUGUUGUCGAGUCAGCCUCACGGUUCAGAGACGACUCCGUCCUCCAGCUGCUCCAUCCACAGUCUGCUGUCAACCACCUUCUGACUCAAGGUGCUUCAUUUCAUUGGAGCAUAAAUAUAUCUAAUAUAUAUUUUUACUUAGUGAGGGUUGUAACGUCUCUGUUUUUUGUCCAGGUGACUGGAAGUCCAUCCGUGUGGAUGAUGCUGCAGGGCUGGUCGUCCACAGCUCCUUGACUUCAGUUAAAUCCCUGGUGGACUCUCUGCUUAUAGGAAACAUUUCUCUGGGACACCUGCAGGCCUGUCUGAAAUACAAGGAGCAGUUUAAGAGACUUCACCAGCAGUGUAUGAACCUAAAAAGCACCUGUGUUAUAACGUUUAAUUUCUCUUGAAUGGAAAAAUAAUGACUUUAUGGUCCACAGAUAAGAAAAAUGCUGACUCCGAGGUCGUUCCUGUUGACGCUGAGGUCGUUUUGACUCAGAGAGAGAAGGAUUUGAACUCUUUCCUGCUGCGGAAACAGCAGAUGGACACGCUGAUAAAGAUGAUAGCAAAGGUUACAGAAAGCAUCAAAGGUAAGUUCAACAUGAGACGUCAAAGUUGGAGAACUUUGCUAAAGAGUUUGGUCCAGUUUUAUCUUCAUGACUCUGAUUUCAACAGCUCCUGAGGUGUCGCCCCUCGAGGUGCAGCACACCACAGAUCUUCAGAACGUGACCCUGAACAAACUGGUGCUGGUUCAGUCCUUCGAUUCUAACGGGAAGCUGGGGAAGAUGGGUCCUCCACAGAUCCUCUGGUACAACACCAGUCUGAACGUGUUAAAGAUGGCCAGUGAGAUGCACAAACUGCAGAACAGCAACCUGAUUCUGUCCUCCUGGGUCAAGGGCGCUGCGUCUUUGGCAUCAAUGAGACAACCCGCCUCAGCCCCCGUUACAGUCAGCCUACCACAGAUCUGGGAGAACAUCUGGAAGCCUCUGGUGACAGAGUUCUGCCAGAUUGGGGUCAGCAUCGCAGACGCAACUAUCACCUUCAGGCAGCUGGACCAGGUUUUACUGGAGUCUGGUGACGAAGGAAACGGGAAGCUCAUGAGAUCAGAGCUGAGUCUGAUGUCAGAGACUUUCAGUGAGUCCGGGAGGCUCAACUGGGUGGAGAACAGACUCGCCCAGAUUCAGGAGUAUCGACAGCUCCACGAGGCGGCGGCUGCAGCCUGCGCUGUGCUGAAGAUCGCAGAGGAGCUGAAGCUUUCCGGGGACUUUACAGAGAUCCAGAAUCUGGGCCAGCUGGUAAUUAAGACUUUAAAAUGAUCAAGUUAAGAUAGCUGUGUUUAAAGGGUGGUCGAAACACACGGUUUAUUUAAAAAAACACAGAAAGGUCAAUUUAAUGAAGCCAAUCUGGACAUUUUUUCACUGAUGAUCUGCAGCUGGAGCUGAUUAGCUAUUAUUAUCCAUUAUUAUAUAUUAUUUUGACCCUCUGAGCCAUCGUAGCUUUGAGUUUCCCUCAAAUAUACUUUAACCUAAAUAAAAAUAGCGACUUUUACAAAUAUCCAUGCCUGAUUUUCGACAGGAAGAAGACAUCUUCAAGCAGAGGACUCUGGGGUCCCUCAGUGAGGACCUGUUUCGGGCCAAACAGCAGCUCUCCUCAGUCUCCAAACUGAACACUGCCUGUCUGCAGGAGUUUCUGGAGAGUCAGACUCUGGUCAACUGGGUCAAAGAAAACCUCAGAAGUGAGACACUUGCUGUAAUGAAAUAUCUGCUCAUCAUUGAAAAGACUGAUUGUCUUGAGUUUUGCAGAUCCUGACGUUGAUCUCUUUGCCCCCCUCUCUCAGAUAUGAGCGAUGUGAAGGUCUACGUCGACCUGGCCUCUAUUUCUGCUGGAGAGAACGACGCAGAGAUCGAUCAGGUAGCCUGUUUCCACGAUGCAGUGAUGGGUUACGGCCCUCUGCUCUACUCCCUCUCUCCUCAUGCCGGCUUUGAGGAGUUCAUGAGGUGUGCUCAGCAGGUGUGGGACACCCAAAGUAGAGAUGAGAAGCUACCUGACAAACUGGUAUUUACUCCUCCUUUAUUAACUUUUAUUAAUUAAAAGUCCUGUUACUGUGGCAAUGUGACAAUAAUGCUACCAGGUUUGUUUUCCAGAGAGAGUCGACUCGACUGCUGAGCUGGCUGAAAGCUCUGAAGGAGACCCACGGCUCUGUGGAGCAGUCCUCUCUCUCACUGGCUUCUUCUAUUAACGCUAAUGGAGUUUAUCAUGUGGGCUGGUCGGAUAAAAACACAGAGAAGGUGAGAGUACUAUCUCCCAUUCAAAGAUCAUUACAGAUAAGAAAACGACAUAAGUUUCUGGAGUUUUUCUCUUUCCUCUUGUGAGCAGAGAUGUCUCCAAAACAUGGUACAUGUCACGGUUAAAAAAGGCCGAGAGCAGAAGAGCUACAAGCUGGAGGAGCUGCUGGAGCUCCAGAACAAACUCAUGCUCAUGUCCUCCAAAGGAGAGCACGGCAGGGAACAGGUGAACAGGUUCAUGGAGGUCAGUGUUUUUUAUUAAGAGACAUCAUCAUCUUUAAAGCUGAACUUCAUAUCUUGGUUCUACCGUCACUGUCCUUUUUCUAAACUUUUGUACCAUAGAAUAUUCUUUAAUUUUCUCCUGGACCUAGCAAAAUGUCACAAUACAAUACGAUAUGAUACAACAUGAUACAUGUUAUAUGAUAUGAUAUAAUACAGCAUAAAACGAUUCGAUAUGAUAUGAAUUUGUGCAACAUGAUUCAAUUUGAUAUGAUACAAUAUAUGCAAUAUGAUACGAUAUAUGAGCGAUAUGAUAAGAUAUGAUAUAUGAUUCUAUAUGUGAGAUAUGAUAAGAUAUACAAUAUGAUACAAAAAGAUACGAUACAAUAUGACAUAUGAUAUGAUACAAUAUGUGUGAUAUGAUAUAUGAUAAGAUACAAUAGGAUACAAUAUAUAAUAUAAUAUAUGAUACGAUAUGUGAGAUAUGUAAUGAUACAUGAUAUGAUAUGAUCUGUUAUGCUAUGAUAUGAUUUGUGCGAUAUAUGAUACAAUAUGAUACAAAAUGAUACAUGAUAUGUGCGAUAUGACAUGAUAUUAUAUGAUACGAUUUGAUAUAAUAUGAAAUGUAGUGAUAUGAUAUGAUACGAUAUGGUAUGAAAGGAUAAUAUACUGUAUGAUAUGAUAUAUGAUAUGAUAUGAUACAAUACCCCUAUUAUAUAUUCAUAUUAACCCAUAGGAGUGGUUAGAUGAAAUCACCUGUUGUAAUCAGCUGCUUGAAUCUCUACCCUACUUACAUUCACUUUAGGUUUUUGAAGGCGUGCAGAGACUGGGCGCCAUCCUUCUUCAGAUGCAAAUAUCCGGGAACAUGCUCUUCAGAGAAUGGCGUGCUGAGGUCCAGUGUUCCCCACAACAGCAGCCAUGUAUCAAAGUCACCUUUUGGUCCCUGAUGGGUAAGGAGAUGUUGUUCUACGGGCAGGUGACCGAGCAGCUACAGGAGCUUGCCCACUCCAUGGAUACCUGCCACAAAGAAUGGUGUUCCUUCAUCGGUGAGAUGCGCUCCAGCUUCAACUUGUUGAACCACUUCACCUCAGAACAGAUGGUCUACUUGUGCCACUGCAUACACAAAGUGGGCAAAGGAAAGGCGGCAGUCCCUGCACAGUUCUGGCAUUUACUUUUCCCCAUAAAGCCUCAGUGCACGCUGAGUGAUGUCAGAGCAGCUUACACAAACGCAGCGAGAAUGAAGUCAAAGCACGAUGAAGAUGAGUUGCACAAUCCAUCUAGAGAUGAAAUACCAGCUGACAAAGACAUGGAAGAGGUUAAUGAUUUGAUGCAGUUUUCCUCAGAGGAUGAAGAUGAAGUUGACGAAGAGUGCGAAGCAGUUGGCAUCAGGAAGCCAAAUAACGACAGUCUUGAAAAGCUGUGGUGCCAAUUUAAGGCCAACAUGCCCCAGUACCUUCAUGAGUGCUUGGACAUCUCGUCUUUGGCCCACUUCCUCUCGUGCCUUUCUGAAAUGAAUGAGCAGCACCUGAUCAGGAACCUUCCACCGAUUCUUCAAGAGGGGAAACCCAACCUUGUGCUUUGUCCUAGUGCCGAAGUUUUCACCACGGUCCUGUCCUUCUACAUGGAGAGUCCAGAGCAGCCUCUGCCUUCUUCUGAUGAGAUUCUAGUCUGCAAAGAGGACACCGCUGAAGAGGAGGUGGAGAUCUUUCUCCACAGAGCCCUCGGCCAAGGCACUGAUCCAAAUUUGCGGAAGAUUUACUCUCUUGUAAAUCCAGGACUGCUGGGGUAUGAUGUCAGUGUGGCAUUAGGGGAACUUUUUGAGGGUCUUGAGAGAAGUGCCAGCCCACAUUACCGUUUGGUAAUAGUCAGUCCAGUUAUCCACCAGCACAGAUAUGUACCCUCAUUCUUCAGCAACGACAAAGUGCAGGCCUGUGCGAGUGUUAGGCCAGAGUCAGCAAGAAAAUACCUUUAUCAUCACUUCAGACAAAACACAGUCGACCAGAACCUGGUCUCACUGGUGUCCCCACAUCAGCUCUCAGUCUGGAUGGUGUCAUCUUCACGCCCUGCAGUAGGUAAGGAUUAUUGCAGCCCUUGAUUAAAUAACAAAACUAUAGCCUGUGGUUAAAUGCUAUCAUGUAAAAUCUGGUACAUUUGAUUUGUAGUGCCUUUCAGGACAAGAUUCAGUCAAAACAUCUGGAGACAUCUUCUUUCUUUUGACAGGUAAAUCCCUCUACGUGGAUCGUUUGUUUGAGAAGCUUCAGCUGAAGUCUCCCAGAGCAGAGCACAUCACCGUUAGACUCAUAGAGCCUUCUGUGGACGUAGACUCUUUGAUAAAGACUCUAACUGAGAAACUGGAACCCCUGAGAGAGCAAGACCCUGUCCUCCUGCACAUUGACACUGCUGGAGUAAGUAUUCAAUCAUAUGUUUCUGCAGAUGCCUUUUUCUUCUGUUGGUCCGACAGGAGAUGAGUAUUUUAUCACUUUUGUUGCUUACCAGGUUCGCUCAGGUCUGGAGGAGCUCCUGUUCCAUCUGUUAGUCCUUGGCUGUUUAAGUGACAGCCAUGGCAUGCUAUGGAGAAGGAAUAAUGCUCACCUGAUCACUGUUGAAGUCCUGAGAUCAAACCCAUCCAUUCAAAACCAACCAAGACAGGUUACUGUCUUUUCUUCUUUUGUAUUUUAUUUUCUUCAGGCUUCUUUUGAGGCAGAAAAUGUCUUUAAAUUUCAUUCAUUUUCACUUAUUAUCUCUUCAAAUUCCAAUAACAGUAAAGUGUCUUAAGACAAACAUAUCAGUCCUAGCCUUGAAAUAUAACUAAUGAAAUCUUCUCAUGGAUUCAAUGUGCUGACACAGACACACCUUGGACUUCUGGAUGUUCUGCCUACCAUCCACUGUAGACCUCCAAAGGAAGUUAUGGCCAGUCGAGGGGUCCGGUCAAAACACAGCUUUGAUCCACUCAUGGAUGAGCAAGAGUUUUGCAGUGAAGGGAUCCAAAGACCCUAUCAAUACCUGACACUAUACAAAAACAACCAGAAUCUGGAUCCUUUCAAAUACACAGCAGGAUCUAGGCUUGAGGGUCCCAUUGAUUGUAUCAAUGUCCUUCUAUCUUACUGUGGGAUGAAAGACCCUUCUUGGGCUGAGCUGAAAAACUUCUCCUGGUUCCUCAAUGUGCAACUGAAAGACUGUGAGAACUCAAUUUUCUGUGACCGUGAGUUUUUGACUAAUGAGCUGCCAGGUUUCAAGAGCUUCAUCGUGAAGUUUUUGAUACAGAUGGCUCAAGAUUUUGCCUCCCCAUCUCUGGACACGUCUGAUGAAAGUCCCACGCUGCAUAUUGAGAACAGCCAAGAAGACAAUCUCUUGGCCCAAUUAACACUUCGUAAGCGUUGGGAAAACGAGCCUCAUCCAUACAUUUUCUUCAACGCCGACAGGUUCUCAAUGUCAUUCCUCGGCUUUAAUGUGAAGACUGGUCCAAGAAGAAACAUGUGUAGUGCAGUUGAUCCCCACAGUCACAAGAUCCUGAUAGAGGACGUGAUGUCAGAAAACCUUUUUCAGGGUUUGGAACGGCAAAGGAUCCCUCUGGCUGAGAACUUCGAUCUCUUGCCCCGGCCAAAAAAAAUCAAAAGGAUCUCAAGUGUGGUCGGUGCAAAAAGAGGAAUGAUGUCCACAGACUUUGAUCCAGACCCAACAUAUGAGCUCACUGCUGACAACGUGAUGAAGAUGUUGGCCAUCCACAUGAGAUUCAGGUGUGGGAUACCAGUUGUCAUCAUGGGAGAAACUGGCUGUGGGAAAACCAGAUUGGUCAGUUUCCUUUGUGCCCUACAGAGAGAGGAGAGACCUGUACAGAACAUGGUACUGGUCAAGGUACAUGGCGGAACCACCGCAGAGAUGAUCUACAGAAAGGUGAGGGAGGCAGAGAGUCUCGCUGAGAUUAACCAUCAAAGGCACAAGCUGGACACUAUUUUGUUCUUUGAUGAGGCCAACACCACAGAGGCGAUCUUUGCAAUCAAAGAAGUCCUUUGUGACCGGUCCAUGAAAGGAGAACCCCUAAAAACAGGCAGUGGUUUGAAAAUAAUAGCUGCCUGCAAUCCUUACAGGAAGCACUCACCUGAAAUGGUCGAACGUUUGGAGCGAGCGGGUCUGGGAUACAGAGUGAAGGCAGAUGAAACUGAAGACCGUCUCGGCAAAGUUCCUCUUAGGCAGCUGGUCUACAGAGUUCAUCCUCUGCCUCCAAGCAUGGCGUCUUUGGUGUGGGAUUUUGGUCAGCUGAGUGAUUCAACUGAGCUUUCCUACAUCAAACAGAUUGUCGAGAAGAAAGUCAGAGAUCAUCACCUGCCAAUGACCUGCAAGGAGAUCAUUUCAAACGUGCUGGGAGCCUCACAGAAGUACAUGCGAAGUCGCAAAAAUGAAUGCAGCUUUGUGAGUCUGAGAGAUGUAGAGAGGUCCAUGAAAGUGCUGAUUUGGUUUUACCAGCACAGUGACAUCCUGUUGCACAACUGCUCACAUCUCAGUGAGGCUCAUAAAACACUUAAGUGCUUGAUUCUGGCAGUUGGGGUCUGCUACUACCCGUCUCUGGUUUCCAAGGAUGAGUACCUCUCUGUGAUCUGUAGGUACUUCCCUGACCCUCUACGCUCUUCUGAAGCAUUGCAGGAAGUGAUUUCAUCCUGUCAAGAUUUCUUCCUCCAAAACAUCAAGACCAGGGAGACCAUAGCCAAAAAUGUGGCACUCAAAGAGAACGUGUUCCUCAUGGUGGUUUGCAUUGAGCUCAGGAUCCCUCUCUUUCUGGUUGGCAAGCCAGGCAGCUCUAAGUCCCUUGCAAAAACGGUGGUUGCUGAUGCCAUGCAAGGCCAGACCUCCCAUUGUGAUCUGUUCAAGAAAUUGAAGCAAGUCCACAUGGUAUCCUUUCAGUGCAGUCCUCACUCGAGUCCUGAGGGGAUCAUAGGGACAUUCAGGAACUGUGCCCGCUUCCAAAAGGACAAAAACAUGGAUGAGUACGUGUCAGUGGUGGUGCUUGAUGAGAUAGGCCUUGCAGAGGAUUCUCCACAGAUGCCCCUGAAGACACUUCAUCCUCUCUUGGAGGAUGGUUGCAUCGACAAUGACAAGCCAGAUCCACACAUGAAGGUUGGCUUUGUUGGCAUUUCCAACUGGGCUCUUGACCCAGCAAAGAUGAACAGAGGGAUAUUUGUGUCCAGGUGGGAUCCAAGUGAAGAGGAACUUGUUGAAACCGCCAAGGGUAUUUGCUCAUCCUCCAACCAAAUCCUCUUGAAAAUCAAACACCUCUUUCCAUCUUUGGCCAAGGCCUUCUUGAGCAUCUGUAAUGAAACCUCAAAGAACCAGUUCUUUGGACUGAGGGAUUAUUACAGCCUUGUCAAAAUGCUCUUUGCUGCAGUCAAGUCAACACAGCAAGAACCCGAUGGAGGACAGCUGGUGGAGGCCAUCUUGCGCAACUUCAGUGGACAGCCAGAGGUUUUUGACCCUGUCACGUUUUUCCAAGAUAUUCUUCAAAACUUUACACAAGUUCCCAGACCAAGCACUUUGCAAAUGGUGAAAAAGAGUCUCGAUCAUGACACCAACCAGGAGAGCCGUUACCUACUCCUGCUGACCACCAACAAUGCAGCUCUCCACAUCCUCCAGCAACAGGUCUUCGGCAAAGGAGACUACCCAACACCUGAGAUUAUCUUUGGUUCAGGAUUCCCCAAAGACCAGGAAUAUGCCCAGAUCUGUCGAAAUGUCAACCGAGUGAAAACAUGCAUGGAAACAGGGCGCACCGUCAUCCUCCUCAACAUGCAAAACCUUUAUGAAAGCCUUUACGAUGCCUUGAACCAGUACUAUGUCUACCUCAGUAAGCAGCAGUAUGUUGAUCUUGGUCUUGGCUCCCACAGGGUAAAAUGUCGGGUCCAUGCAAACUUCAGAUUGGUGGUAGUGGAGGACCAGAAGAAGGUCUAUGAGCACUUUCCUGUGCCCCUCAUCAACAGACUUGAGAAGCACAGGGUAGACAGGAGUACUGAUCUGGAGCCAUGGCAGCAAAGGGCUCUCUACAAACUGAAGGAGUGGGUGAAAGAGUUCUCAGGUGAGGCGUCAGAGGAUUUCAAGCUGUCUGACAUUUUUGUGGGCUACCAUGGUGACGCCUGUGCCAGUGCUCUCCUGCAAGCACUUGAAAGGAAAGCACAAGGAGUGGACGAGAUUGCAGAAGGACUUCCUCAUCACAGUGAAGAGGAAGAACCAAAUGACACAAAUCCGGAAGAACCAAUGGAGGUGACUGAUAAGGAGGAUGGUCAGCUUCAGGAUGCAAUGGACACAGCAGAGACCGCUGUGAAAGGACAAGCGAGUGAGUCACUGGGUGAGAAUGACAAUGAAUCUGUCAAGGUACAAGAGGAGGAAAACGUAGAGAUGUCUGAAAGCGAAGAAAUGAUGGCGACAGAAAGCACUGCUCAGUCUGCUGGGAAAAACCAAGAAGAAGAGGAAGUCCUCAAUCUGGCUAAAUGUUUCCUACUGAACUGUGCUACCCCUGACGCCGUGGUGAGGCUCAAGUAUUCCGAUUUAGGAAACCAGGAGAAGGAAGAACUCCAGAGAAUGUACUUCAAGCACCAGCAUCACCACUCCCUCCGAGAUUUCCUGGGGUAUUACUUGAACAAGCAUGCAGGGUCCAGGAAGUUUCUGGAGGUAACUCUCAAACCAUGACUCUAUCUUGACUUUAACUAUAACUGAGCAGCAUCACAAAGAUACCUGACACCUUUGUGUUUCUGCACAGAUAACAACAUUCUCCAGCUUGUUGACCAGAUCAGAUGUCAGACAGGUGGCUCACGCCCUUGGACUGCAAACCGACAGAAUCCUCCUGCUCUCGCUCCACCAGUUUGACACUGAGGUCUCCUUCUGCAACAAGAUCCGGUACAAAUGAUUCAGAUCAUGGUAUAAAAUUCUAUUUUUAGUCAUUGUUAUAAAAAUUCACUGUCUUCCUUUUCUGCCUCAGAGGAUUCCUUCAGAGUGCAGGACAAUCUCUUCAGAUCUUGUUAAUCCAGAUGGACCUUGAAGAGUCCCAAUGCAGCGAUGAGCUCAUAGCAUCAGCAAAGUGGGUCUUAUGUUGAUUUUAUGCAUGCUUGGUGCUACAAAGAACAUUUCGGAUAUUUCACACGCGUCUGUGGUUAAACUGCCUUCCAGGUAUUGCACCAUGAAUUAUCUGAUGUCGCUGAAGGAUCCAAGCUGUUGGGUGAUUUUCAUCGUCAAGGUUUCCAGGAUCUCAAGUCACUCUCAGUACACCGGUUUCCAAGGAGGUGGGUAAUAAAGUGGUGUCAUUAUUACAGCUGAGUUAUUUACUGGUUUGAAGUCAUGAUUUGUUUUUUCUUUGUUUUUUAUCUCUAAGGUGUCUGGGAAUCGUUUCAUAUUGAUGACCUAAGGGAUUCAGAGGACAUGAGUAUGAAUCUGAUGGUUUUCUGUGGGACUCUAAUAAGCAACCUGCUCAACCCUGAACCUUCAGGUACGGAAUCUAAAGAGCAUCAAAUACUGUGUUGUGUUACAAGAAGAAUUUUAAAUGGUUUUGUCACUGUCUAAGUUGGGGGGAUCUAAAGCUGCUAAUGCUGAGUUCUAGUUACCUCGUAAACAAGUCAAAAAACCAAGACAGACGCAUUCUGUUAGCCUUUGUUAGCUGUCAUUCGCCGUUGUCAAUUGUUGUUAGCUAGUAUUGUACUCUCACAAACACCAUAGCACCGUGUUCACAGUUAGGCGUUGGGCGGUACAACAUAAACAAAACAGAAGUGCUAAUAAAUAAUACGUCACGAGAGCUUUCACUGUUACUCUUUACUGUUGAUGCACUGCACUGUCUCAAGUCGGGGUUGGUGAGGAUUGUCGGAGUUUCUGGGUCAGAUAUCCGACUUCAGGGGGGGGUUCCAGAUGAAUUUCUAACUGGGAACUUGGAAAUCUAACGUCCAAGUACAAAUGGAACGCAGCAUAAUUUCCAAGUCCAGUUCCAGGAUCAAUCGAUGCUACAAGAAAAACAUGAGCAUUUUGUGUGUUGGUCUUUACAUGCACAUUAUAAAACCUUAUUCUUGGUCUGUCACAGAACACCCAGAGGACGGGGAAACAAGAAAAACUCAAGAUGCUCAGGUAGAUAUAAACAGGGAUUUCAGACUUUUGUUCCUGUUGAUGUGUAUGUGUGAUGCUUGAGCUUUUCUGAUGUCUUUUGACAGGGGGAUGGAGCUCACCUACACAGGCUGUCUUUGGUGAGAUCAUGUGUCCAAAAAGCCGUGGGUUUGCUGAGAGACCCCGAUGGGAAAACGUCUCGAAGCAUGCAGCGGAUGCACAUCCUCCUGACUCUUCUGGGAGCUGGUGGAAGCCAAAUCGGAGGUAAUAACCAUCUUCUGAGUGCUGUGUUUAGUCUCUGUAAUGAUACUUUUAAACUGACGGGGUCCUAUGAGGUUUGUUGGGAUUCCUCUAAAGACAGCCUGCAGCGAAUCCAUUCAAUGGAUCGUUUUUGCGAGUUUCUGGUUGAUACAAGCUUUAUAUAUAUAUUUUUUUAAAGCCCACUUCCAGGAGGUGCUCUUGGGUAGACUGGCAAAAGCCCUGGCUCAGAGAGAAGAGAUGAUGGGCUCUCCCAAAGAAUGGAUGACCAGAGAGGCGAAGAAACGCCAGGCUCUGCAGGAAGGGGGGACUCUGAGGUAAAGGUGCUCGGCAGGAUGAGUUUGAAGUCAGGAGAAAAUGGUUUGGAGUAACGGUUUCAAUCAUGUUCUGCCUUCUUUUGUGUUAUAAACUUACAGACACACCCUCUGGCGCUGUCUUCAGUCCACUGUGACCCCGGUCUUGGCCAGCAUGUUGGAAGUGGUGGACAGAUAUGCGAACUUGGACCUGCUCUGUGAUGAGCGUUUCAGCCAGGGCCUGAAAACGCUCUGGUUGGACAUCUUUGCUGAUUCACAGGUUUUGGACCUUAGACCCGUCCAGAACCAAAGGUACUGAGGAUGAUUUCCUCCUUGUUAUUCCCACUGUGAUUUAAACAACCAAAAGGCUUCAUUUGAUCCUAGUAUUCCUGUUUCCAGUGAGUCCGAUCAGGAGGUUCUGGUGCAGCACUACUUCAUGUUGGAUGGUGAAGAGCAGCCGUGUGCUGCUGCGUUCAGCUGGCUCCUCAGAGUUCACCUGGAGAGUCUUUGGGAAGAGUCGGAGUUCAUGCCAGGUUUGUCUUUGUGACCAAACCUUUCACUUUAUUAUUUUACGCUGUGGUCUUUUUUAUGAUUGUUUUUUGCUCUUCAAAUCGAUCAUCAGUGAGUUCAGAGAGCGGCACAGAGAGGUUUCUCCCGUUCGUGAACACUUUCAACAACAGCCGGCUGGGCGCUCACUUCCAGAAACUCUCAGAGGAGGAGAGACUGGAGUACGGACACCUCUACCUCCAAGACUUUCUGCUGCUGUCUUUAAAGAUCAAGUCAAAGGACGAGCUCAGGGUACGAGCAGCGUGAGCCUCAAAUUCACAUGAAACAUACUUGAGGAACAAAUGAGUGAACCAUCUGACUUUCCUCGUCACAGGUCUUCACCAGAGCCAUGCUGGGCUGCGUGUCUGACCUCCAGAGGACCACAGGUGUUGUCGCUGAGCUCUCACCUGCUUGGAUUCAUGCUGCCGCCAAACAUUUCGCCCCCAGACUGGACGCUCUAGGCCAUUUGUUCCUGCUGCAGCCUCAGCUGGCGUCUGAAGUCCUCCAGCAGGGGUCAAAGAGAGACCAGCAGGAAAUGGUGAGGACUGGUUUUGUUUGAAGGAUGGGUCGGUUUGAUGUCCACUCUUUGGAUUCCCUCUUGAAGAGAAGAGUGUCUUUUAUUUUGACAGGUUGAGGAUAUUCUCGCUCUCGGGGUCUGUGUCGAACAGACCAAACUCCUGACUCUGACGACUCAGCAGGAGUGCGAGUCCUUCGUGAGCAGAGUGGAGUUUGUGCAGCCGUGUCUGGACCGAGUCUUUGCUCAGAAGUACACCAGCCUGUGCGGCUCCAGCUGUCUGCAGCAUCUGGACUCCAUCAGGUGAGAGCAGUAAGGUUAAAGACAGAAACUAUAAUGUUUAUAAAAUCAAUUAUUGACCUCCUUGUUUCUUUUUCAGGUCACUGUGGCGAGGGAUGCUGGUGGUCGCAUCUUUCAUCCAGAACGUCGUAUUUAAAAUCCAACAGAGCGACUCGAGACUGAAAGAGCUGUCUCUGAAACACUGCAACCUUCACCUGAGUGUGAGUCAAACCAGUUCAGGAGCCGGAGUUUAGUGUGGUUAGACUAAAUUUAUGAUUCAGAUGUGACCGGGUAUUAAUGCCGGGGGAAGGUGACACACGAUCCAGAAAAGCAGCGAGUUCUUGGGACCAAAGCCUGUUUGUUCCUGUAACCCAUGUGACUGUCCUGGGUCAGAUUUUUGUGUUUUGUUUUGUUUUUCUAAUCAGCUGAUGCAGGAAUCACCUGAUGUGAGGAACGUAGAGACUCUGCAGCAGCUGAUCCGCAUCCUGAACGGUUUUCAUGAUGAGUGUAUCAGCAGGGAUCUCAGGUCAGGAUCUCUCACCUGUUUUUCAGCUCACCUUUUAAUGAUAAUGAAUCGCUAAUGAAUCUCUCCUGGUAUGUAUUUCUGUAAAGGUUCGGUAUUUCCUGCCCAGUUUGUCUCAUGGAGCUCACCGAGCCGACCGUCCUGCCCUGCCAGCAUGUCUUCUGUUUGCCGUGUCUCCAAAAAUGCGUCCACCCAGACAGACGGUCUUGUCCCAAAUGCAGGGCAGAGCUGCCGUCUGACUUCACGCCGACUGUUUCCCUCACAGUCAGGUUAGUUUAGAAAAGUAACUCAUAGAAAUAAAGAUAAUGUCGUCUGAAAUAUUUAUUUAUCUGUGACUCUUUCUCAACUGUUUCAGGGCUUCACUCCAGCAGCAGGCGGGGAUCAGGGACUGCUGUAACUCCUUCUUCCUGGAGGUGGUGUCCAGGUUCUGCCUGUCAGAGGGGCAGACGCCUGCAGAGGAGCUGGUGGAGCUGCUCUUCUCCUUGCUUGUUUCUGCCAACGGUCAGGAAAGAGAAAAAAGUUACUGAUGAUAACCGGGGAAGUGUUAACGCCUUGGUUAGAAAGUACUGACCACCUUAUUUCUUGGCGUGAUGCAGGUGACGUGUACAGGACCAGAGAGCUCACCCCCUUCCUGGAGUGUGUGGAUAACAGUCCGGUGGUUCGAUCUGUGCUUCCAAAACUGCUGCUGCAACACAGGUGAGGGUGUGAAUGAAGUGAGCGUGCACAGGAGAUUUACUAAGAGGCGGAAAAACACAAGAUUCCUCCGUGUUUUCAGAUGUCAUGUUCAAGUUCAGCACUUUGGAGAAGGAAAAACUAAACUGAAUUAGUUUUGCAAGAGGAGUAAUUCAUCAGGUCACAUUUAGUCUUUUUUUAUGGUCUCAUAUCAGCGUUGCAUCAGAAAGAAUAAUGGAAUAAUUUCGUUUCAAAAGCAGUUUAUUGCAGCAGUGAAAGAGAAGCAUAAAUUUCCCUCAAAUGUAAACAAUUGUGUAAGAGUCGCCCCCUGGUGCCCGUAUGUCUAAAUAAACGCCGUUAAAUCGCCCUCUUACAUCUGUCUUUAGCUAAUAAAACAUCAUGAAAUGCUCCUUUUUCUGUGAAAUGUGUCUGAAAAGUUGUGGUGUUGCUUCGAUAUUGAGUGUUUUGAGUCUCAGAAUAUGAACCAAAUUUUUGCUGCUGGAUCAAAUCUUUGUAUUCUGACUUACAGACAGAUUCUGUUGAGUCUUUUUAUACAUCUGUGUAAGUAUUUGAAGAUACCAGUGAAGUGUCUGUGUGUCUGUUUCUGCGUGUAUUUGAGAAUAAUAAGGGUGUCUUGAGUCUGAGAUCGGCACUGUAUCGUUGUGAAUGAAGACGAGGGAAAAGCCGUAAAACACGAGGAGCUUCUUCAAUGUAGUAAAAAUUUUGUUUGAUCUUUUAGUUUUGAGCAGGUGAAGAUCCACAUCCAGACCUACCUGAGAAAUCUGGAGGAGAACCUGCUGAGCAAAGAGGACCAGACUGAACUCUACCUGCUGUUCGUCAACUGUUUCCAGGUAAGAAACCAUAAAACUAAUAAAAGUCAUAAUCCUGGACUCCUCUGGACCAUCUGACGACAGAGUUUUUUCUGUUUUCUCAGGACUCUCUGCUCUGCUCAGAGGCCAGAAACAACGCAGAACAAAGUCAGGAGCAGCAGAUGGAAGCAGACACCAAGUUCCUGAGCAGAGCUGCGAGAAAACAGACUCCAGAGAGACGAGAAGACCCGACAGAGUUCCUGCUCAACACGGCGCGGCUGAGGAUCUGUCUGAGCGCUGCUGCACAGCUGCUGAAGAGAGCUGCAGAAGGUUUCUGAUACUGAGCUCCAUAUAUGCAUGUAUUAGUGAGAAUGCCCUGAGACGGUCUUCUGUACUGAUGUGUGUGUCUGUGGAUGAAACGCAGGCAGAGUCGGAGAGGUGGAGGCGAAAUACCUGCAGCAGGUGAGGGCGCUGUGUGAGUACAGCGGGAACGACUGGAUCAGGGUCUACCUGCUGCGAGCUCUGAACAGGGUCUCAGGUGUGGAGUCCAUCAUGUCCCUGAUGAACAGUCUGGCCUGGAGGUGGAUCUUUCCUGCAGAACUCCUUCGACUUCAGGUAAGAAGAGAUGCAGAGCUCCUGAUUUGGAUGAAACCUGAAACCUGGAAAGUUUUUAGUUUUUUCCUGAGAAAUAAUGAAAAAUUAUUACAGCUAAAGAAUUAAUAAUGUGAGCUUUAUUAAAAACGUUUAUUGAAUCAGUUUAAAAUGUUGUGAAAGGAAAAUUAAAACUAAAAUUAUGUUUUUACCCUGAAAGAGGACGAUACCGACCAACAUGGACACCUUCCUCUGCUGUGGGACGUCUUACCGGGACUUGAGAAAUGCUGUAGUCCAGGUUUUGGUGGAAAACAGAUCUGACACCUUCAAGACUAAAUUACAGGUCAGAUAACCUCCAAUUUAUUUACAUCAGACACAAAUAUAAAAUAAGGAUCAUUUUCUACACUGUUGUGGCUUUUUAUGACCACUAGAGGUCACUGUGGUUAAAUAAAUGCAUAUUGCACUCGGGCAGUCAAUGAAACGUGGGGUAAUUUCUUUUAAAAGUUUAGUGUAAUGCCCCUUUAGUUUCUUUUAAACACUUGAAUAAGUUUUAAAAACUCAACAUUUGCAGUUGUAAAAGAGGAAAAGACACUGGCUUCUGUUUCUGUUUUUCAUUUCUGCUGUUUUAUCUCCUCUGCAGAAGCUCAGAGCUCCUCAGAUCAGCCUCCUGCCCCUCGCCUUGUUCAGACAGGUCACCUGCCGCUACAGAUCACCUGACGUCAACAUCCAUCCCAGGCCAGAGGUCACUCAGCGCUCGUUUUCUCAUGUGAAUUGUGUUUAUUGUAAAGUUACGUCAGUUUUUUCUAACAUGUGAUCCUUUGUGAACCCACAGGAGAGAAGAAGACUAGAGGAGCUCCUCAAAAACAUCCAAGUUCAAGAGUUCAAGAGUUUCUGUUCAGGACUUCUGUCAAACCAGAUCAGUGGACCGGGUUCAGGCCUGAGCGUCAGUGCAAAUCUUCCUGCCCAGAGACGGACCCUCCUGGAGCUGCUGGUCCAUCUGGACUCGGUGCUCCUCGGUGGGAAUCCUCUGCUGGUUCCUCUUCACCGGAUUGCCUUCCAGCCUCAGAACGUGAUGGUGAGAUACUUCGGUUUUCUUGAUCCAAGGAUCACAAACUCGAGGUCUAAAUACACAAACAAAGACCGCGUCCAAAUACGUUAAAACUAAACCGUACUGUUUCUGCUUUUCCUUCAAGAACUCCUUUCUGCCGACCAUGCCGGAUGAUCACACCAGUGAGGUCAGCCAGUGGUUAACUGGAGAGAGGAAAGUGGAGAUGUACUGUAAGUAUCCGACUCUGUGUCAGUAAAUCUCUGCCAGUCAGGAUGUUAAUGAUGUCUUCAUUUUUUCCAGUUUGUGCGAACGGACAUCCGUGUUUCGUCGGAGAGGUAUGGUCUGAUUUUGUUGUGAGUGCUCCUUCAGAAAGAAAAACAAAUUUCACAUCAUGUGCUUCUGUGUCGUCCUGCAGUGUGGUAGACCGGUGGUUGAAUCAAAAUGUUUUUGUGGACUUCCAAUCGGAGGACAGAAUCAUAAACCAGUCCAAGGAUUCACCAAACACACCGGAUCCAGGUACCAAACUCUGUAACCAGCUCAGUAACAGAAGCAGUAUCAUAAUGAUUUUAUUCCUAAUUUAUUCUCGUAAUUUAACGACUUUAAUCUUGAAGUCUAAUUUUUUUUUCCUUAAUGUGGCCUUAAUACUCCGUCAUAGAUAAGACUGUAUGAAAUCAAAUUAUGUUAUUUAGAUGAACUCCAUGCAACAGCAGGUCCAUUUGUGCUCUCUAACGCGGAUAAAAUGUGAAAUUUAUGGACAAUUUAUCACAAAUAAAUGUAAAGUUAACAGAGUAAAUGUGCAUGUCCAAACUUUAAUGUCGAUAACUCUCCUAUAUACGGUCAAAAACGUGUUUCAUCAUCGAGUCUGUUUGUGCGUUUUAGCAUCCGAGAUCAAACUCGAACGGGACAUAUCCUGGGAGAGGCUAGACGGAGGUCAGAGGCCCCUGAGAGGCAGAUGACCUACGCUCAGUCCUGCGUCCUGAGGCUGCUGACACACCUCGCCAUGCUCCAAGGAGCUCUGAGAAACCAAAGAGUAAAACCUGAACCAGAUCCAUCCAAUAAACCGAGCGCUCUUUUUGACAAGAUUUAAAAUCAGCUGUUUUUGUCUGUAGGGAGUCGGUGACAUGAUCCACCCCAGACCAGCUAAUGUCCUCACCUUCCUGUGGAGCCACCUUGAAGUGGACUUAAAAGUACUAGGACAAACUUUGGACCAGAACCCGGAAAACACUGCAGUGACAGUUCACCUGAUCCUGAAUACCUGUGCAGGUGACUCAUCAACUCUUCAUAUAAGCUAGUUUUGUUUACAGUAGCUGUAUAAUUAACUCUGCUGCAUGUUAAUGCAGGUUCCCACGCUGCAGGACAGGACCUGUCCUCCAGAGAAGGACGACAGCAGUGGGAGAAGCUCGUCUGUCAAUCUGCCAUCAACCCAGUCGUUCAGGUACAGCAGAGCAGGGACGUCUUUAACCCGCUUUAAACUGGAAACAGUCCAAGUGAUGCUUUUAGAAGACAGACUCAGAACAAACUGUGUUACUGUGCUUCGAGUUUGAGCGUUUUUACGCUGCGUUCCAUUUAGAGAGCUGGGUCAAUGACAUCACAAUCAAGAUGGCCACGUUCCAAAUAUGAGUCAGACACUUGGCUCCUGAUGUUGUUAGCAUUGUUAUCUAAUACUAGAUCACAACAACAGACUGUGUGACAGUUUGUGCCUGAGAGCGUUAGAACAACAUUUGUACAGACAGAAAAUUCACUGUGUCAUCGCUGUGAUUGAUUUAUGACAAAGAAGUCAAACAUGAUGAAAGGGGAACCUGGCGUCUCUCUGAGUUUCAGAGUCAGCGUCCUGACACUCUGGAUGAUGUAACAGACUUCUGAAAGUACUAUUGACUGUUGUCUGUGCAGACGAGCUUUACUUAAAGGGAUAUUCCGGCGUAAAAUUAAUUUAGGGUCAAUCACACCAGUUAGACACCCUUUUAAGAGAUAAAUAUUGCCGACCGCUUGCUUCUCUUGUUAAAUCAACUUUAGUAACGACUGCAGGAUAGAGUUGACUCAUUUCUUUAGCAAAGAGACUAAACACAACUCACCUACUCUCUUCCAGCAGCCGCUUGUUUGUAGAGAGACCUCAGGCCAGUCCAUUACGGACUACAGCGGAGUGCCGCAGCUCAAGGAAGAACAUUUAUGAUCAGUUCUUUAUAAUUUCUUUUAAGUAACAAUCACCAUAUUAAUCAUUUUACAGACGUGGUAGUUCUUCUGCCUUAGCGUCUCGGUCUGAUUGUAUUUCCAUGAAGAAAACGCCGGAAUAUCCCUUUAAGAGGGAAAUCAAGCUCAAACUUUACAGUGAUCACAGAAUCUUGAAAUAAUUUACCCGUACAUUUAGUCUGUUAUCACUCUGACAUUACUAUUGUUGUAAUAAUUUGGCAUUAAAUCAGGCUCAACCCCUAGAAAAAGCUGGAUAUGAAUUUCACUGUCAGGAUUAGAGUGCAGUUCUGUGCAGCAGAGAGCAGAGAUGCUAACAGCUCAUUUCCACAAUCAGCUGCAAAACCAGAGCAAACUGCAGCACUUCAUGGGUGUUCAGUGUUUGAGUUUGAGGAUCCUAAAAAAGUCUUUUAUUUAAUUUUGAUAAAUAAUAAAGGUUUACUGACCCCCAAUUUUCACCGCAUCCGGAAUGACUCCACUGCGAAAAAAGGCGCCGAUUUUCGCCAUACGCCAUGUCCUACCAGAUGCGUUUGUGAGGCAUGUUUCAUGGCAGAUUUUAGACAUCGGGAAUCACAAGAACUUACAAGAACCAGCGGAUUCACGUUCAAUCACGCGAUAACGAGUUGUCUCUAUAUAGACAGACACAUAGACAUAUAAGCAGUAGAUUGUAAUCAAGAGGAAAGAAGAGACAGAUUCACCUUUUGUGUAUCGAUCCUUAAAUUUUCCUUUUCUAGAAUCUGCAGAAGAAACUGUCUGAAGCUCAGGAGAGAAUCAACGACAGUGACGGCCUCUCUGGAAGUCCCCUCAUGUGUCUCCUCUUCGGGGAUCCGGGAAGCAUGUUGCCCCUCCCCUCUGACUGUCCCACUCAUCGCUCCUCUUUCUGGACUCUCCCCGAGACGAUGACGGUGGAGCGUCUCUUUCAGUUGGUGGGACAAGCCGAGGAGAACGCUCUUCCUCUGCUGGUCACGUUCCUCAGAAAGGUCUUUGUCUCAUGUGUCGUCCUUUUUUCUGAGCGAGAGACGAGGAGGAUUCAUCUCUAACUCUGUGUGUGUCUCUCAGGUACGCUGUGUGAGGCAGGUACACCACCUACCUGAGCUGGUUGCUCUUCAGUCAGACCUGCUGAGAGUGUUUCCUCUCAAGUCCUACACCACACCUCAGACUGUUGCUCAGGUGUUCGAGAAGAUACCAGCAGGUACGUCUUCAUCAUCACAGUUUUAUCACAUGAGGAACAACCAAACACCUGACAGCUCACAGUCUGAGCUUCUUCUUCUUCAGGAUACCAGAAGAAGAAGCUGCAGGAGAGGGUGGAGAGGUUCUUCAGCGUGUGGAACGGUCUGAGAGCGGAGGUGGCGAAUAACUGUAAGAGUUCAGUCUGAGUGUGCAGCAUCUAUGUUGGAGUGAAGGGUCCGAUAGAGUUCAGGGUCAGCUGUGGUGGUCUUUGUUGAUCUUGUGUGUUCGUAUCUAUAAUUCCAGCCGGAGACCUCGGUGUGGACGUGAAGUUGUGUGAAGAGGAGCUGACGGCCGAGAGCUCCGGAGAGUUUCUGACACCGAGUCGACACGGACCGGGAUCAUGUCUCCAGAUUCUGGUGGAUUUUCUGGUAAAGACUCACAACAGCCUGGUGAGAGAGGCCCGCAGAGUGAGCCGCCAAGAGGACAGGUCAGCAAACCCGAUCCAGAGAAAACCACCAACCGAUCAGAGGCGUCUUUGUCCUAAUCUGAGGUAAAAACUGUUUUUUUCUCUCCUCAGUGAAUACAGCGUCCCUUUAGAAAGGAUUUCAGAGACCCAGCUGACCCUGUGCCACCCUGAGAGGGAGCUCCUGCCUUUGGUUUUGGCCCACUGUCACUACACCCUGAAGAAAGGUGGAGAGACCGGCAGCAGCUACAACCUGCAGGGCAUCCAGACUCAGCUGGCCCGUCGCUUUUUUGUGGGGAAACCUCUCAUCCAAGCGGUAAAAAUCAAAGAUACCGAUGAGCAGCAUGCAGCUGAAGUUCAUGUCAAACCUGCAGCUGAUCAGCACUGUCGUUGUCUUUGUUUCCACUCAGGACUCAUCCAGGUACCUGAACAGACACCUGCAGGACUUCUCUGUGGUUCUGGAUGAGGUCAGAGGGAGGAUUCCUCAGGUAAGACCACUUCACUAAAGUCUUCAUCUGGAACGGACUGAAGCCAGACUGAGAUUUUCCACAGUAGCUCCUGGUGCAGGAUUUUGUGAGGCCACUUAGUCCGAGGUCAAAUUCCUCCCCUCAUCCUGCUGACGGUUUCUGUGUCUGCACCACAGGAGCCUCUGAAGGGUUCAGUGAGCAGCUCCAUGAAGACGGCGCUGCGCUCCUUCACCGACGUUUGUGACGCCGUGUUUGUGGUGGAGAUCGGCCUCCGCAUUCUUGGAAAGACGGGUGGAGAUCCUCAGUGUCAGCUUCUGUCCUUUCUCGCUGAUUCACUGCAGAUGAAACCGCAGAUUUCAAGCUCCGUAGCCAAGGUACGAACCUCCAGAUCAGGGAAGCAGCGUGGACCUCUCUGUAGACCUCAGACCAGGUUUUUUAGAAUGUGCUGUUUCAGGAUUACAUCUGUUUAUUUUGUAUUUGAAGGGUCUUGGAGAGAGCAGACUGGAGCACAGCGUUUUCACCUGGCAGCUUCUCACCUCCUGGAAAUCUGAACUUAUGCUGAGCAGGAAGCAGGUGAGUAUCAAAAACAUCCUUGAGUCCAGUAAAUGAAGGCUCCAGUGAGGAACUCUUGGAUUGGAUUAGGAUUUACGCUGCACAUUGUUGCCUCAGAGGACUAAGUGUUAACGUUGUUAUCGUAUUAAAUUUUGGUAAGACUUAAAUCCUGGUUUUGUUGAAGGACCCCUUUCAGACGCUGCCCUCAAAGUUCCAGCUGAAGCUGUCUGAGGAGGAGAGGAGAGGUCUGAAGGUUUUCCUCGCCGCUGCAGACGUCCACACUUUCACUUUGGAGCUGCAUGAAAUCCUUCUGCUGAAGACGAGCGACGCUGUGCAGGACGAGGGUUACCAAGCACACUGGGAGUAAGUGCAAAACCUUCACCACCUCUCUGCGGUUAAAACAUCAUAACUCCUCCUGGAGAUGCUAAAAUCAUCUGUGUUAUUGAUUUAUUUCAGUUUACUUUGGAUGUAUGUGUAGACAUAACCUCAUCUUUAAAAAGGUCUUUCUGUUGUCUUCAGCAUCAAGUCCACUGUAGAGGUCCAUUUGGAGCAGAAAGACCUUCCACCCCUGCUGGGACUGGAGUCUUUCCCUGAGGACUUGACUCUUGGACAGGGGGCUGACGUGUGGAGGACAGCUGUGGAGUUUAAACGAAGAUAA